AGGACCCGCAGUCACGUUUUACCAGCGUCGCGACGCGCUGCUGCCGACGAAGCCGAAGAGGAGGGCGGAGAAAACGAAGAAGAAGCAGGGAAGAAGAAGAAAAAGAAGAGGAAGGAGGAGAAGAGAACGUCUCUUCGAGACGAGAGCUCCGCUAGGAACUGUAAGACUGUCCCAUCGAAACCGUCUUCGAGAUGUCGAGACCGACGAGUCACGUGGUUCUUUGCGGUCUUCCGCUGCUGGUCAUUAUGGCGACCUUGAGUGGGGCGCAGUUCCGAUGUCCGGAACUCAAGGGUUUCUUCCCCGAUUCGGAGCAAUGCGACCUCUACUACGUCUGUGCGGACGGUCAGGCUGAGGAAAGGCUCUGCAAGGACGGCCUCGUCUUCAGGGACGACAACCCCAAGAAGGAGCUCUGCGACAUACCGGCGAACGUGCCCUGCGGCGACCGUACCCUACUACAGGAGCCACACAGCAGCAAAGGGUGUCCCCGCGCGAACGGCUACUUCACGCACGAGGACCCGACCGCGUGCGACCGCUUCGUCAAUUGCAUCGACGGGGUGGCGCAGAUGGUGCCGUGCCCGCCCGGACUGAUUUACGAGCCGAAGAUGUCGAGUUGCGUCUGGCCAGCCGACGCUAGCCGCCUUUGCGAGAACGUGAAACGCGACGUCCUCGACGACGGCUUCGUCUGCCCCGACGGCGACGUCGCCGGCCCGUCCGGCAGGGUCCUGCCGCACCCGACCUACCCUCACCCCGAGGACUGCGCCAAGUUCUACAUCUGCAAGAACGGCGUGGUGCCGCAGAAGGGCCAAUGCGAGAGCGGCACUGUUUACAACGAGGAGAGUUUCAGGUGCACCGAGCCGGAGUACGUGCAAGGAUGCGAGGAUUACUACAAGCGCAAGAACUGAGAGCGGGAGAGCGCGAAGGCGCCCAAGCGAAGGGUCUCAAGCGCGGCUACGUGUGCAACGCUUAUCUCUUUACUCGUAAGAACAAUAAACGCACGAUACGCGCGCUCGCGCUUACGUAAACACCGCACGCGCGCGCACAGUCUUUGCGCGAGAGCGAUCACCCACCCGCUCCACCCGCUGCAAAUUGCUACCCCUUUCUCCUUUUACGUAAACGUAUUCGGAAAAUCCGCGGCGCGCCACGUCGUUGCGGAUCACUUGUUCGCGAAACGACGAUAUCGCGGCUGCGUUAAUUCCCAGGCUGACGUUAGAUAAACUCAGCACGCGCUCGCGAACCGGUCCGAUUUUAUAUAAUUAUCGAUUAUGUACGCGCAGGAGAUGGAAUUUGAUUGUACGAGUGCGCGGAUAAGCACACGCAUACGCACACGCACACACACACACACACGCGCGCGUGCGCGCGCACGCACGCAAUUCCGCGAUUGAGUAACCCAUGUAAUGAGACUUUAUUUAUACAUUAUAUUUUCCAUUCGGGAAUUUCGAUCCCCUUUCACUCUGCGAUGUCGCCGGGUUUUAGGUAACGUUUUAUCCAGCAGACACCGUAAUACGUAGUCGUAAUUAUGCGCUGUGUUACAUAUCAAUGGUGUUUACGCGAAAAUACUCUUGUGUGUUCCGACUUGCACAGGCUUCGGCGAGCUUCUCAAGUCAGGUUUAUGCUUGAAUCUCGUUCGAAAGUUAUUCGGAGAUUCUACGCCGAAUCUGUAUAUCUGUAACUUCGACAGCACGUAAGAAACAUAUGUACGAUGUGAGUGAUCAAUAAAACAAUCGAGCCAUAUACCGUCGGCUUUAGAAAGCUCCGAUUAUGUUCAAGCGUAAUCACUGCGGAGCAAUGCGAGCGAUCGCGGAGGCAUCUUCCAUGUUGACCGAUGCCGAGCGACGAUGAGCGGCCCGUCAACCGCUCGCACUCGAGGCAAUUGAACGCAUUUUACAUGACGCGAGAGUCAUAUCUGCGGCGGAACCGAGUGCGCGAGUUGAAUCAUUAAUACGUAUUCUAUUCGCGAGUUGCACGACGGACGUGACUUUCUCUGACGCGAGAGCCUCAGACAUCGAGAAUCCUCCUCAGGCCGCGAUGCUCCGGAAUACGUAGCGAGAACGCGAUGAACUCGCGAAAUCGCACCUUCGAGCGUACAUCCCGGAUUUCACUUCGGCGAAUCAAAUGUCAGACAAUCAGUCAACCCGUUCCAUUAUGGCGUCCCGUUACAUCGCGACGCUUGACAUUAUAAAUGUUACAGCUUCGUACUUCGUUCUUAAAGGACAACGCGCCUUCUCAUCGAAGCCCCUGCUGCCUCUCCUCCCUGCGGAGACGGUAUGGAGAGGUAAUGGCUCUCGAUGGCGGAUUAAUCCCUCAGCUGUUGGACGAUAAAAAUGCUUGUGUGUAUUCAAAAUAAUCUUGACGAUGAAGUUAAUUAAAUUAUAAACAAAAUACUUUCUGCAGCCGUUAAAUCUGAAUUUUAAGUCAAAAUUUCAAAAUUCUAACUGGUCAAUUCAAUAUCACGAAUCGAAUAUCCAAAAACUCGUUCGAUUCUCAUAAAAAUGUUUAUUGAGGAUUUUUCCAAGCCGAUAGUUUCCAUCCACUUUUCAUUCCGUGGAUAUCUCCGUCAUUAACAGCUAAGGGGUUAAAUAUUAUCGACGAGUUACUCGGACGACCCCGUGAAAUAAAAUAUACGGCAUACACACAAUAAACAACGAGCCGCGCUUUUCCGAACUGCGGACGGAAUUUCUCCUCAUUUGACUGACUGUAACCUUUCUCUUUACGUAAUGCGCGAUGUGCUCGACGAAAUACACCUGAGCCACCCAUUUGCAUUACGUGAGUCCGGCGUGUUCAAUUCGAACAAUAGAGAUUUUGGAUUCUUCGUUCCUACUGAUGACGUAAUACGCAUGUAGGUUUGUCGGAAUUGUUGCUUACUAAAGAAAAGGCUGAAUAUUUUGGUGAGCAAGAAAAGAUCGUUGGAUGGAUCGUGCGUCUAUC